CCAAUACUUUCCGCUCGCCGAUCCAUUCACCGCUUAUUCCUUCAAGUGCAGUAAUAGUAAUACAGUGAUUGUGAUCAGUGUUGUCGGUUGACGUGCCACAACUCCAACAUGUCUGUCAACGUAGCCAAUAGGCAAUAUUUGGAUGCCGGAUUGAAAGGAAAAGUGGCACUUUUCAAUAAAGUCGCCGACAAACAUAUGGCUGGUCAGGCAGUCAACCCCUUUUCCCAGGGGAAAGUUGGACUGAUGCCCAAGCCGGUGAUCUCUAAAGAAGAUUACGGAAAACCAGCAAAAGGUUCACUGUCGGAAACCCGUGCUUUUAAAGCUACCAUUGCUGUGAGUCGCGAAAUGUUGGAACUUUGUGACGUUAUUAAUCAAUGUGGUGAACCUUUGUUCACUGAAGAAGAAGUUAGAAAAAAUCCCACUCUGGCAAACGAUCCUAGAAUUGUUAUCAGCUUCGGAAAUUUAUUCGCCAUAUACACUGCAAUUUCUGACAAAGUUGUAGGAAUUCUUAUCCGUGCCAGGAAACACAAAUUGGUAGAUUUCGAGGGAGAAUGUCUUUUCCAAAGAAGAGAUGAUCAUGUACCAAUCAUUCUGGUUAAGCCAAUUAGUGAAAUAAGAAAGAUCCUUAACGAAAAAAUUGAAGUGGCAAAAGCAGGAUUGAAAGAGAAUGAAGAGAUGUAUGAAAGGGAGAAGUCUCCAUACUUGGAAUAAAUGUGUAUGAAUCUAAUAAAUAAGGAAGAAGGACCAUUCUAUAAUCAUAUAAACAUGUAAAUAAAAUAUAAACGUAUUUUUCUAAAACAAUUCCGUACAUGUAAUUAGUAUUAAGCUAGUUUUUAAGUUGUACAUAUUUUUUAUAUUGGAAGGUGACAUUUUUAUUGUUUUAAUUGUAAUACCUAAAAUUGUUGUUCAAAAUUUUGUUUUGUAUUCAUGUGAAAAUGUCUUCUUGCACAUAUCAUUUUUAAUAAAAAAAAUUCAU